UGACAAUUUAUUCUACAUUAAUAUUUAUAUCGUGAGCUAUGAAUUUAUAUGUAUUUUAAUUUAAAAAAUGAAAAGUAAUAAUGAGUGACAAUUGUGGUUGCGAAAAAUAUGGAUGUACGUGCGUCGAUUACAGUAUCGACGAAGUCACAGCAUCCAAUGACGAUUUUAUUGUAAAAAUGAAACACUUAAAAUGCCGGGUAACUCAUCUGGUUCGCAAUCAAAUGAGAAAGAGUGUGUCGGAGUUACGUGAGAGAAAUUACUCGAGUUAUUCUGGAAGCAGUAAGUCAUCAGGAAAGUCGGUAAAUAAUAAAGCGACUCAGUUAUCAUCUUUGUCGUCUGUAAAUCCACAUGAAAGUAAAUUAAUAGAUCAUACGAGUAGUCGACAAUUAACCGCAUCUUCUCAAGAAUACACCACUGAAUCUUCAAGACCUAAUUAUUCGAAUUCAACGCUCGAGAGAUCAAAAGCAGCUGGUGGUUAUCAACAACCACCAGUUCGCAUGCACCCAGCUGGCAAUUCAACUUUAAUUGAUACUGAUAAUUCAUCAAAAGUCCCACUUAAAAUGAGUCAUGGUUCAAAUGCAUUAAAAUCAUACGCUCCUUACAAUGUUGUCACUAUUCAUCCACCCCCGUUAUCACAAUCAUCAUCAACCCUACCACAAGUGUCAGUAUCAGAUGUCACAGCUACCAAGACUCAAUCUGUUGCUGUCGAAACACUCCCAACUAUGUUUGACUAUACGGAAUUCACCCCAUCAAAUUUUGAUCAGCCCGAGAGCAAGACAAUGGAUUCUUCCACUCAAGCAACAAGUCAAGUGACCACUUCAACUCAAGCUACAGAUUUAACAGACAGAGGAACAUCUACUGCCAAAAUUCAAACAGAUGUAAUAACAGACACUUCGGUUCCAACAACAACAACAACAACAACUACUACUACAACAUCAUUUAUUCCAAAAUUUAUCAGAAUUAUUUUAGAUGGAGUAAUGUGUAUUUUAAGCUUUUUAUAUCGAAUUAAAAAAAUAAUUUUAAUGAUAGUGUUACUCGGAUUACUCUUGUGGGCAGCUGUAAUUUACGGAGCAAUACUCGGUGCAGCGAUUUGUACCAGCGCCGGUGGAUACCCUUUAUUUCAAAUAACAUUACCACCUGCUCGACCUGUUUAUUUUUAAUAAUAACGUUUUUUUUUAUAUUAAUUAAUUAUUAUUGUUGUUAUUAUCAUAAUGGUUAUUAUUAUUAUUAUUAUUAUUAUUAUUAAUGUAUUAGUGAAGAUAAAAUAGUUGGUUGUAAUAUAAAGUUUUUUUUACUCUUACGAUUUUUUGUGAUACAAUAUCUCAGUAAAACAAAAGACUGAACUUGGGAUUUUCAAUUAAAAUUUUACUGAAGACGUUUAAAAAAUUCACGGCUUAGAAUAUAUAUUUUAUACAUAUAUUAUAUAUUGUGUAUUGAAUUAUUUAAUAGACAAUGGUAAAAAAUUAUUACAAUAAGUAAAAUUUAUUUAUUUUAAUUAAAAAUUCCAAGUCUCGAGGAUUUUAGUGUCAAAGUAAUAAUUGAAAUAAAUUAUCAUCAAGACUUGACACAAAAUAUAUUAAAACUCGGAGUCAUGUACCGUACCUCGUGUGUACGGUAAUUUUGAGUAAUGUGACUGAAUAAUUAUUUUAAUUAUAUCAUAACUUGAGAUUUUUCAGUCGCAUUUCCUCUACUUUUAACGACGGAGUUGAU